CUAUAAUUAGGUGCGUAAUAAAUGAACCACUGGACAAGUGGCAAUCCUGGUUCGUGGAAUGGUGGUUCUCCAAUUUGGAUAAAUGCAAACACCUGCGUUGGCGACGUUGAACACCAGAGCUUGAUUCGACGAUCAAACGGUGGCGUGCGGAAGCUCACCACCAUCAAGCCAGAUCUAGACGUCAGGUUACUUUGCCCUGUCUAGACCUUCCACAAUCUUUCUGUAGUCGUCCCGCAAUCAGCAAUCAUAUAAGAAUCAUGGGCUCCCUUGGAGACGGUUGACGAAAUACACACCCAGAACUCACAACACAAGCACCAAAACCUCGAAACUCGCCGCUUCCCACCCUCAAACCCCAACAAAAAAACAACAACAACAAACAAUCAACAUGGGUUUCCUCCCACGACUCGCCCUCCUCGUACAAACCCUGUACCCAGCCCUCGCCCUCGCCACCGACGCCGCCGCGCCCCCAUCCCUCCCGCGGAUCACGUCGGUGCAGUACUCGGGCAACGGCUGCCCCGACGACGCGAGCCGCAAGGGCGACUUCAACGACCCGACGUUCAGGUUCGACUCCUUCGCCGCCUCGUUCCCGGGCGCCGGCCGCACCGUGAACUGCGAGGUCCACGUGCAGGCCGCCGGCGCCACCGCCGGCUGGCAGGUGGCCCUGAGCCAGGUCAACGUCGACGGCCGCCUCGUCCUGGACCCGGGCGUCGGGCUGGUGUACUUCACGCAGGCGUACUUUAGCGACGACGCUGCGGAUACGGCCACGGCCCGAGGCAGCAUCAACAACGAUGGCAGCAGCAGGAUCAAUCGUGCGAUAACUAUCAACCAGGGGAUCGGGGAUAAGGUGUGGUCUGAUUGCAUCGGCGACGACGGGUCCCCCGGCAUCCUCAACGUCAACUUCCGCACCGUGCUCAAUGGCGAUAGCGGCCGCGGCUCGUUCGAGGUCUUUACUGAGAACUGGGACUUUGUCUGGAGGAAAUGCUAGGUUGGCGGACGGGCGGGCCGUGCUACAUGGGUGGUGAAAAAAGAAAAAUGGGCGGAUGGGCUGGACUUGGGCGAAAUAAUGGACAAACUCUUGAAGUGGACUUAUUUCAUUCUGGCUCAGAAGACGGCUUGCAGGAUUGCAUG